AUGAACUGCGCAGUUCCACGCACGCCUCGCGUCGCCCUCUCCAACGUGCGCCUAUGCAUUGCUGUCGAUUGCAUUGGCCCAAUACACGCCAUCGUAAUGUCUGGUUCCUGGAAUGAUACCCGUCGGGACGCUCCUCUUCCUUUAGAGACUCAGGAUAUCGUAGCUUGGGGUAGCGUUGCUCCAGAAAACAUCAGGGAAGAGUAUAAACGGAUUGCAGAUCUUUGUGCAUGGGGACAGAAGUUGGGCGUCAACGGCUUUCUUAGGAUGGAAAUGGAUUUCCUGAAAGGCAUCCGAUUUUCUCUCCUUCGACCACCAUCAGCCACUUCCGAGGUGCUUCAUGCGGGGUCAUGGCACAAUCACUAUCCCGAUGAUAUACGGAUACAACUUGACCUAACCCGCAUGAUAUCUUUCUAUGAUACAUUUCUCACACCGAGCUUAAUUUCUCGGCGCUUUGGGCAAGAACGGUUUGUCCACCACAUUGGAGGGGCCUCUGAAUCUGACAUUCAGAGGGUCCUGAAUAGACUAGAAACAGCGGUGCAAAUGCCUCAUGGGGGCGGCAGCGGUGUUGAUUGGAAGACGCUGGUGCAAGUGAUAGUUGACCGUUAUCAAGAUAGGGUCGAGAUGGUGCAGUUCCUCCUGAACAUCACUUCGUUGGAGGACAAGACACAGGUGGCAAAAAAGGUACAAACCCAAUUACGAGUUAUGCUGCAGCCGUACUUGCUUCACUCUGUCGUUCCCUCGGUUCCGAAAGCGGUGUCGACGAUCUACUCCUGGGCGGCUCCGAUAUACAAACUAUGUGCGACGUCACAUACUUUAGCGAUUAAUACUUGGUGGGCUGCGGGCGUUUUGAACGGUUUUGAUGAGAUGCUUCCGUAUUCUCUGGAUCAAGGCCAACAGACGGAAAGUGUUCUCUCGGAAUGGAAAAUACAACUUGACACGCUGAUGGGAUGGUUGGAUUGGAGUGGUUGGGUGAAGUGUAAACCUGCUUGUAGGCCUGAGAUCAUAUUCACUGCAGAGGAUCCUGCUCCUGCUCCUUUGCAGUUUCUAGUGCAAGAUGUUGGGUGGCGUCGAGAGUUUCCGUGA